UGAAGAACGUCGAAUCUCGCCAAACAUAUAAACAUUUGAAUACAAUCAGUUCAAAAGCAAGAUCUAUUAUCAUUUGAUUCAAUAGUUUUUUUCUCUACAUUUGUUACGUUUUCAUGUGAAUGUCAAUUCUUCAUCAUUCAAAAUGAGUUGAUGUGCAAAAAGUCGGGCAUAGCUUCUGAACCAUAGAUGAUGACGUAAAUUUUUUUAGAGGGGAGUGAUGGCAAGAUUCCGUAGGCGAUCCCUGACGAAGUCAACAAUUUGUUCAUACUCGAUCAACCUUGCGACAAGUGGCUCUAGUACAACAAACUACCGAAUUUCUAUGUAUCUUCAUAAAUUUUUUGAUUAAAUUGGUUAAUUUUUCUGCGCAACCCUGGGAUUAAAUAUUUUUUUGAAUUCCACUAAUUUAUACAUCGAUACAUCAAGCAAUAUGAAUGGUAAAAUGGUUCUUGUGUAUAAACAGAAAUGGGGCGUUUGGUUAUCAAAAAUGGGAAAAUUACCCCCCAAAAAUGGGGAAUUGUCUGUCAAAAGUAAUGUACCCCGGAUUUGUUUCGCAGUUCAUCGAUAUUUAUGCGUUUGCAAAUUUAGUAUUAGUAAUAUGGGGUAUUGUUACUGUAUGUGGUACAAUGAUGAUGAUUCAUAUUGGAUUAUCACAAGACCCCGUAGACUGGCCAGCGCUUCUGAUUACCAUCUGGCAAUUAUUUUGGACAUUUGCUUUUUUAUUCUUAUAUUGUUACCGCGGCGAAGAAGUAAGCUAUGCAUUUGAGGAACUGGCUGAUGAGAUUUCUCAAUGUGAAUGGGACUCGUUUCCAUACCAACUACAACGCAUUCUACCCACUGUUUUGAUUGCUGCCCAAGAUUCGGUCCAAAUUAAAACAUAUGGUUACGCUUGUACACAUGAGAGAUUUCAAAAGAUUGUCAACGGCGGUUAUUCAUACUACGCUAUUCUCCGCGAGUUCUACUGAGUGAAUCAAUCGAUGUUGGAUUUUUAUGGAACUUAAGUAUAUUGGAUGACAAAUAUGUUUUUGAAAAAGAAAAAAAAAUAUUUUGAAUGCAAUUUGCAUCUUACACAUAUUCGCACAUAUUUUAUCGCAAACUUUAUUAAUUAACACAAACUAGAACAAUAAAUCUGAAAAACCG